CGAUACACUUCACGUCACCAGCAUCCGCAACAGCCAUGGCCGAGGAGCGCAAGACCGUCAAGCUGCCGGACACGGACAACACGAGCCUCACGUGCGCCGCGCGGAUCCUGGCGCACGAGUGCGCGGACGCCAACCUGGAGUUCAUGCGCUGCAAGCAGCGCGACGCCAACCCGCGCGCCUGCCUCGUGCAGGGCGAGAAGGUCACGGCCGCCGUGCUCAAGACGCUGCGCGAGGUGGAGGCCAACUGCGGCGAGACGUACUCGGCGUACAAGAAGGCGCUCAAGAAGAACUGGCACCGGAUCGACGAGACGCGGAAGGAGCAGGCCGCGCUGGAGCAGUGCUGGCGACAGUACAAGGGCUACAACCAGGAGGCGGAGAACUAGGCAACUGCAACACACGCCUAGGGACCAGUCGAUCCUAGUUGGAAGGAAGCAGGGAAGUGCUCUCGCGGCCUUUAGAUCAAA